ACUUCCUUGUCACGGCUGCUUGGAAGUGGUCAGAUCUGGCAUAUACUGUACUUUUCAAGAACCAGCGUUAUCUAUCCCUGUAUCAGCAAUGAUUAAAGUGUCUUCCCACUCUUCUACAGAACAUGAGGUCUCUGCUCCCCAAACCAUGAGGGUCAACUGGGAUAUUAAUGACAUGAAGCUUCCACAGGACCCAAAGCAGACGGAUUGGUUUCAGGAGUGGCCUGAUUCCUACGUGAAGCAUAUUUACAGCUCUGCAGAUAGAAAUGCACAGAGACAUCUCAGUGGCUGGGCAAUGCGUAACACCAACAACCACAACUCUCGCAUCUUGAAAAAGUCCUGUCUCGGUGUUCUUGUCUGCAGCAAUGACUGCACAGCACCAGACGGCAGGAAGACCUACCUGAGGCCGGCCAUAUGCGACAAAGCACGACAAAAACAGCAGAGUAAACGCUGCCAGAAUUGCAACGGAUCUUUGAAACUAAUUUCUUGUCGUGGUCAUGGUGGAUAUCCAGUUACCAACUUCUGGAGACAUGAAGGACCGUAUAUAUACUUCCAAACUAAGGGGAUUCAUGACCAUCCAAAACCAGAAACAAAACUUGAAUCAGAAACUAGAAAGACUGGCCACAAGAAACGUGCUGCAAUUAUAUCUACUUCCCUGCGGCUUAAACGGAGUAGAACCGAAGAGUUUCUUACAGGUGAGAUACAAAGUCAGGAGAACCAGUUCCAGACAGCCUCAAACAAUCCAUCUUUUUGUGACUUUAAUGAGCUGGACCUCAAUCAUUCAUCUGCAGAGAACAUAUUAAAUAAUUGCUUGUCCAUGGCAAAGAGUUACAGCUUUGGUAAAACUACUUAUUUCAUGGAACCUUUCAAUGAUGUAGAAUGGAAUAAAAACCCCAGGAGAGCCAACCAUAAUGAGAGUGGUGGAUACAUCAACCAUGAUGUGAUGGAACCGGCAGCUGACUUUGAGCUGGGGAAUGAUGAAGAAGACCUAUGGAAUAAAAUGAUCUUUGGAAAAGGUCCGCAUUUUUCCACGUAUGACAAUUCCAUAGAAAACCUAUACUGGGAUAUGUCAUACCUACAUAGCUGGUAUGACUCGGUUAACCAGCAAACACAAAAUGUCGAAUUACCAAAAGGGUGCUUGAAAUCCAGCACAAAUGAUAUCCAUGAAAGCAAACUGCAUGUAGACUACAACACUGGGGGAUCUCCAUCAGCUGUCUAUCACCUUUAUGCAGAAGAGCCAUGCCUACUUAGAUACACUUCAAAUCAAGUUACUCCAUCCUGACCAUUUAUUUGCUUUUUUGUAACGUAACCACCAACAAUAAUCGUGUUCUGUAAGGUCUUGUGUUCUUUGCCAGCUAUGAAAAAUGGUGCAAUGCAGUCAUUGACAUCCAAUUUUAGUGAUUUGUAGCACUGAAGAGUUCAGUGGGCCAUUGCAUAAUCGACUGACAGAGUACACAGUAGGGAUUUUUUUUAAGGAAGAAAUAAGCGGCACAAAGUUUGAAAAGUGGUCUUACCAUGAGAGCAAUAAAGUAGAAUGUUCCUUCUCCUUUAAACAUUCCAUUGGUUGCUGUUGCGAAAGGAUCAGUUUUCACACUUUGAACUAAGAUCCAUAUCGUCAUAUAUUACAUUCCUGCUGAAAGGUUAUAAGAUGAUGCACCAUAGCCUGGGGCUCAAAGCUGACAGGUUGGGAGUGCAGUCUAAGUAUGUAAGAUCACUUUGUCAUAAAGCUAAUGGAACAGUUUGUCUACCUACACUGGAUUGCAUCAAUUACUGGAAGUAUCCACUUCUAAAACAGGCUGGACCAGUGACAGGUGGCUGUCCACUCUCGCAGACCGCAGCAUUCUUCGUUUGGGGCCUGCUUAUUGCAUUUUACGUUAAGUAAUAGACUCAUUUAAGGCUUUGAGGUUCAUCUACACAAAUAUUGCUCUGAAUGGGUGUUUAUGUGGCAAAUUCAACAUUGAUAACAGUUUUACAAAUUUAUGCUACUCAUGAAGCUUUCUCUGUCCUACAGACAUACCAUGAACAACAUGGUGAACUGUAACUUACAGCGUUCCAUCUAUCUCCAUAUGUAUAGCAGAGUUUGACAGUUCCCUUAAUCAGUUGCUGUAAAUCUUAGGGUUUACCGAAUGUUGAAGGGGAUAUCAUAUAUAUGUUUGGCGUUGCGGGAGUUAACCAAGCACUAUGCAGUGGUGGCUUAACCUUUUAUGCAAGAAAAACUUUCCAGGGUUGGUCCUUCAUUAUGAAGCCAGUGGGAUGAAAAGUAUCAUCUCACAAUAAUUUUGUUAAGCAAAUUGUAGCAGGGAGCACGUGGAACGGCGGCUAAGGAACCAGAAAAUGUCUCUUAUCUUAAACAAGAUGUCUCUUAUCUUAAACUGCAUCUUAAACAAGUCCAUAUUGGCAUAAGUCAAUUUUAUUUUGUUCAUUCUUUUGUAUUAAUCACAAUGCAACGUCAUGACAAAUCCCUUAAAAGAAUUGAUGUUAUCUAGGAGCAGUUUGAGGAAGCCUAAUCCAUUAAUUUUAUGCUUUUGAAAUCUGGAAACAUUAUGUAUGUUCUAAACAUAGUUCAUUAUUCAUUCAAUAAAAUAUCCUUCCGGCAA